UUUGCCAUAUAGCAUUAUUAGAAUAUUUACAAAAUAUAUAAGGGACAUGAAUGAUGUUGAAAAUGAUAUUGAGAAUGAUGUAAAUCUGGAUACUGACACAUUUAUUCAGUCUCAAAGCAAAAGAAAGUCAUCUCGAGAUUUUUCUCCUAAUUUAAAAAAAAGAAUUUCUGCUCCAUGGACAUCAUCAUUUAGUAAUGUUUAUGAAGAUGAUCCAAAUGGCAAGCGUGAUAAGAAAUAUCAAAUGAAUGAAGGAAUUACGGAUACUAAUUUCACUGAGCCUGAAUCAAAAUUAGCGUUCGACCCAAAAGCAGAGUUUGAGCGUUUAAUGAAUACUCGUGCAGGCGGUAUUUAUGUUCCUCCUGCUCGAUUAAAAGCAUUGCAAUCUCAGUUUACUGAUAAAGAGAGUAAAGAAUACCAGCGUAUUUAUUGGGAGGCACUUAAAAAAAGUAUCAAUGGCCUUAUUAAUAAAGUUAAUACUUUAAAUAUUAAAAAUAUUGUUAUUGAAUUAUUUGGUGAAAAUCUUAUUCGUGGUCGUGGUCUUUAUUGUCGAUCUAUCAUGAAAGCUCAGGCAGUAUCUUUGCCAUUUACACCAAUAUAUUCAUCGUUAACUGCUGUAAUUAAUACAAAACUACCUUUAAUUGGUGAAUUACUUCUUACUCGUUUAAUUGUUCAAUUUCGAAAAGCUUACAAAAGAAAUGAUAAGUUUUUUUGUUUGUCUUCUACUACAUUUAUUGCUCAUUUGAUUAAUCAUCAAGUUGCUCAAGAAUUGGUUGCUCUUGAAAUACUAGCAUUGCUUUUAGAAAGACCUUCAAACGAUGCAGUUGAAGUUGCAGUGGGUUUUAUGAGAGAAGUUGGUGCAUUUUUAGCAGAUGUUUCUCCUAGAGGAAGUAAUGCUGUUUUUGAAAGAUUUCGAGCUAUUUUACAUGAAGGUGCAAUUGAGAAGAGAGUUCAGUAUAUGAUAGAAGUCCUUUUUCAAGUUAGAAGAGAUAAAUAUAAGGAUAAUCCUAUUAUUCCUGAAGGUCUCGAUUUAGUUGAAGACGGUGAUCAAAUUACUCAUAUGUUGAGUUUAAAUGAUGAAUUAGAUGUUCAAGAAGGUUUAGGUAUAUUUAAAUAUGAUCCACAAUGGCAAGAAAAUGAAUAUCAAUAUAAAAAGAUUAAAGAUGAAAUAUUAGGUGAAGAUAGUGAUGAUGAAUCUCAGGAUAGUGAGAGCUCAUCUGAAAGUGUUGAACAAUCAGGCGAUGAUAAAAUAUCUAUAAAAGAUGAAACAAAUCAAGCAUUGAUUAAUCUCCGGCGAACUAUAUAUCUUACUAUUAUGUCUAGUGUUAAUUUUGAAGAAUGUGCUCAUAAACUUAUGAAAAUAAACAUUGUAGAGGGACAAGAGAUUGAAAUGUGCAAUAUGAUUAUUGAAUGUUGUAGUCAAGAAAGAACUUAUUCUCGGUUUUACGGUUUAAUUGGUGAACGAUUUUGCAAAAUAAAUCGUUUUUGGACUGAAAAUUUUGAACAAACAUUUUUAAAUUAUUAUGAUAUUAUACAUCGUUAUGAAACAAAUAGACUUCGUAAUAUUGCUACUUUUUUCGGUCAUCUUUUAUCAUCUGAUGCUAUAAGUUGGCAUGUUAUGCGUUGUAUUCAUUUGAAUGAAGAUGAAACGACUAGUAGUUCUAGAAUUUUUGUUAAAAUUUUAUUUCAAGAGUUGAUGGGAGUUCUUGGCAUACGUGAAUUAGAUGAACGUUUGAAAGAUCCACUUUUACAGGAGUCUCUCUGUAAUAUGUUUCCUCGUGAUAUUCCAAAAAAUACUAGAUUUGCGAUAAAUUAUUUUACUUCUAUAGGAUUAGGAUUAAUAACUGUUUCAUUGCGUGAGCAUUUGGAAACUAUGAAGAAUACUGUUAUAGAAGAACAAAGCCUUUCUAAAUCAUCAUCUUCAAGUGCAACUUCCUAUACUACAUCAUAUUCAUCUGGAUCUUUAUCUAGAUCAUGUUCCAUUGAUACUUCUGAAUCAUUGAAUCGUUCAAGGUCUCGUCGUCGUUCACCUAGUCGUCAUAGAAAAAGAUCUCCUCAUGAUAAUUAUUCAAGGCCACGGUCACGUUCAUUAAAUCGUUCCAAAUUGCAGACUUCUGAGUCAUUGAAUCGUUCAAGGUCUCGUCGACGUUCACCUAGUCGUCAUAGGAAAAGAUCUCCUCAUGUAUAA